UAUCGCCUUUCGGCUCUACGAGGGUAUCAUGUAGCAUUAUCUCCGAGUGCAGCGAGGCGUUACUCAAUUCAAAGAAGUUAAAAAAUGACCUGUGUGACGUAAACACACCUGUGGUCAGUGGUAUAUAAAGCACAGCUCCACGUGCCGAAAUCAUUCUUUUUCUCUGAGCGGCGUGUGUUUAUACCUGUACAACAGGUGAACAUCUUAUAACGGUGUGUAUUAAAACUUAGAACGUUGUUCAGGUUUCUUGUCUUGUUUUCUGCUGUAAAACAGCUACCUUAUUUAAUUUUAUGUAACGUUAUACUGGUAAGGUAAGUUAUUACAAAGUUGGGUACUUUACCGUAAUGACGGAAAAUCAGGACGAUGUCCUGUCGUUCAUGGGAAGCGACCAUGAGAAUUACUCAGACAUAGAUGAAUUGUUUGGCGAUAAACCCCGGACACGAAGUGUUACGGAGGACACAAUAACAAAUGCAACAAAUAAAAGAACUAGAGGAAUGAAGCGCAAAGCGCAGACCUCAUGUUCAGCGAGUGCAAGUGCACCGCCACCACGGGUGACAAAACAAUCUAAAAAGUCAAAAACUCAGUCUGAAUGUGUUCAAGAAUUUAAUGUUGACGAGCUAAAAAAUCAAUUAGGAAUAGAUAAAAUCUUACAAUCUAUUUCCUCACUCACUGACACUGUAAAACAGUUGGGUAGUUCCAAUAGUAUGGCACGUAAUACGUGCAAUGUAAAUGACAUGCGGUCCACCGAAACUACGGUGCGCACUUCGGGUAAUAAUUCUCCCGGUAAUUUCACACAAAAUGUACCCAAUAGACCGCUAAGAAAUUUGGUAAACAUACCUGAUUAUGAUUCACGACAGACUCUUGACGAAACCCCUGAUGAUUUUGACUUUGAUUUUUCUUAUUUGAAUGAUCAAGUUUCUCCCUCUAUUGAAGGUGUUGACCCUCAAGAAAGUUUUAAGGGGAUUUUAAAUGAUGAAUCAAUUCAGAUAACAAUUGAUAACAAUGAUUGGGAUAUCCCACAAUUAAAUGCAAAUGAAAAAACUGGUCCAAAAGUAAAUGAAGCACUUGGAAAAGCUGUAAAUGCAGCCAUCUCUAUUAAAAGUAGCAAAGAAAGCAUGGUUGAUUUAGAGAAAAAAUAUGACAGACCAGAAAACUGUAAUUUAUUGAAAGUUCCCCGUGUCAAUAAAGAAAUAUGGGAUGCCAUGAAUAAGCAGGCCCAUUCAGAUGAUCUCACUUUGCAAGUAAUUCAAAAAUCUUUAGCCACGGGUAUGAUACCUUUAGUACAGAUGGCUGAUAUGCUUGUAAAUAAAAAAGAACUUGAGCCUCACGUUUGUAAAAAGAUGUUGGCUGAUUCAAUAAGUAUGCUUGGCAAUGCAUUCUACAAUGUCUCUAUGAAAAGAAGAAAUGAAAUAAAAAAUGUUUUGAAUUUUCGAUAUCGCAAAAUUGCUUCUUCUGAAAUCCCAGUUACUGAUCACUUGUUUGGAGACAAUUGUGUCUCUAAACUCAAAGAAAUGGGUGAUAUUACUAAGCAACCAAUUGGAAUGAAAUCGAACUAUGAUACAAAAUUUAAAAAUACAACUCAAGCAAAAAACUACAUGUCAAACCAAGGGUAUCAACCCAUCCAAAACCCAUACAGAGGCAAAAACCGCCAGUAUUCAUCAUACCCUUCCCAGAGAGGCAGAGGUCAAAGGGGACAAUUCCAGUACAGAAGUGCGAUGAAAAAGCAGUACAGUUACAACAAGUAAAGGUGAGAAAACUGAAUAAACCUUACUGGAAAAAAUUUACAAAAGACCAAUGGAUAUUAAAUAUAAUUGAACCAGGUUAUAAAAUUGAAUUCUUUCAACAACCUCUUCAAACAUUCUUUCCGAAACAAAUUCAAUUUAAUGCAGUAGAAUCUGAAAUGGUAUCAAAAGAAGUAAAACAGUUGGUUGAUAAAGGUGCAAUUGAAGAAGUAAAAGAUAUUUCGGAUGCUUUUAUUUCAAAUAUUUUCCUUGUACCUAAAAAAGAUGGUAAUCUCAGGCCAAUCAUAAACCUAAAAUAUUUAAAUGAAUUUGUUGAAUAUUAUCAUUUCAAACAAGAAAAUUUGACAUAUGCUUUAGAACUGAUUCAGAAAAAUGAUUAUCUUACUUCAGUUGAUUUAAAGGAUGCAUAUUUUAGUGUCAGUGUUCACCCAGACUACAAGAAAUUUCUAACUUUUUCUUGGAAUGGAAAAUUUUACAGAUUUGUAGUACUACCUUUCGGAUUAACAUCAUGUCCGAGAAUAUUUACAAAGAUAUUGAAACCUGUAUAUGCAUUUUUUAGGGAAAAUGGCAUAAGAUGUUGCUAUUAUAUUGAUGAUUCCCUGAUCAUGAAUCAAACAUUUUCUACAUGUCAAGAACAAACAAAUAUAGUUAUGUCAGAAUUAAACAAUCUUGGCUUCACAAUAAAUGAUAAAAAAUCUAUAACCAUUCCUUCACAGAGAAUUGUUUUCUUUGGAGUUAUAAUUGAUUCAGUUGAAUUCAAAGUUUAUUUGA